AUGGAUUAUCGCCUAUGCAACAGGCACUUCAAAAAGUCUGAAGAUCUCAAAACAGAAUGUUCAAGUGAACUGCAGCACAUGCAGAAGGCAUUUCUGACAACAAUUGUUGAGGAAAACCCAAGAGUGUUCAAAAGACAUGACAUUUGGGCAAAAUAUGAUGACUGUAGGUUUAUGGACCCAGAACUUAUUGAAUCAGACGUUGGAGAUAUUGCCUUCAAAGCAGCUAUUCAUUUCUUGGAAACCGAAGAGAACGAUAAUACAAAGGUUAUGAGAUUACAAAAGAAGUUGGAUGCCACCUUCAGCAAUGCUGGCCUUGAAACUACCAUCAAAACAAAGAUAUUUUCGAUAGAUCAUUUCUUCACAGAAGUGCUUUUUCCAGAAAUGCUGUCAGAUUUUUGGCAAUCCAAAGAAAGGAACAUGCUUGUAAUGUUUGCUGUAGAUAAUACUAGUGAGACUACCAAAAACUUGCUUAGUAGCACGAAAUGCAUUCCUUCAAAACCAACAGGAGAAAUGAAAUAUCCUCAUGAACUGAUACAUCCGGAUAGUGAGCUAGAAAAUUUGUUUGCAACAUGUGAAGGACGGUUUGUACAUGAGGAAAUGAUAGAAGCUGGAAUCAGGAACAGAAAGAAACAGCUGGCAGACAUCGGGAUGAUAGUUGAAACAUUGCCAUCACACUUGGUCGUUGAUAGAGUGGAGAGUGUACUGGGUUUGUCACGGGAAUGUGACAAGUGUGCAAUAGACAGGUCCGUCACCAUUAUUCAAUACAUCCAAACAAAAUGUAUGUCUGAAGUGUCGCUUAUUAAACAACUGAAAGACAUACCAUACCUACCAAUUCUGAAGAAACCACAGGACUGGACUUUCCGAUGGGGAGCAGACUGUCAAUCUUUUAAUAACGGUUUAACUACCAUGAAAGAAGUAAAAGUCGCCAACUGUAACCAUGAGAUUAAGGAGAUUAAGGAAAAUGUUCAGUUUGCAAAACCAAAAUGUCUUUAUCUGACAUCAUCUCAACAUCUGGUUGGUCCUCAGGAGCUUGUUAUGGAUGUGUCUUGCUACAAAACAUUGGUUUCUCCUGGACGAGACCUUUUCUCUCGUUUGGGCGUCAAUGGAGUUGAUACCAUUCCUAUCAAAGUUGUUUGCAGACAUUUGAUUCAACUUUGCGAAACCACUGACCCAGUUACGAUGGUGGAGAACACAAAACAGCUGCUCAAGACAAUUUGCAAUGAAGUUUACUCUUUCUUGAGUAAAAGAAUAUCCAACGAAACUAUUUCUGAAACGGAAAUGAGCUACAUUACUAAUUUAAAAGAGCACCCUGUUGUUUUCUGCCACAAUGUUUUUGUGAAACCAAAACAAACUGCACUCAGCAUUUUAACUGAUUGCGAACCUCAUCUAUUUGGAUUGCAGACCCAUCAUCUUGGAUCAAAAUGCAAACAUCUGUUGCGUGUUCUUGAUAUCAAAAGCAAAUUUACCACAGAUGAUAUUUUAAAUGUCAUGUUGGAAAAGCAAACUUGUAAAGGAGAAGAGCAGCUGACAGAAGAUGAAUUGGAACUCUACACCAAACUCAUCAAAGUCCUAGUUAAGUGUAUGGAACGUGAAGAAAUGGACUAUCAUGGAAUAUGUGCAAUCACAGAUGAUGAGGGGGUUUUAACACAAUUGUGUAUUCCAGAUGUGAAAGGUGUCCUGACACCAAUCAAUGAGUUGUGCUUGAAUGACAAUAAGAAAAUCAAAACAACUGGGACAAUGAAAUUUGUAAACGGGAAAAUUGGUCCGGAUUUUGCCCGCACACUUGGUGUAAAGGCCAAGACAAAACAACACUUCUCGGACAAUACGAAAAGAUUACCUUUCGGACAAAAAGAAGAAUUGACUACAAGAAUAAAAGACAUUUUAAGAGGCUAUCCAUGUGACGAAGGAAUCAUGAAAGAACUUCUGCAGAAUGCAGAUGAUGCACAAGCAACAGAACUUCAAUUCAUCAUAGAUGAUAACACCUACUCAGACGAAAGAGUUUUUGAUGAUAAAUGGAAAGUAUUACAAGGCCCUGCUCUUCUUGUUUAUAAUGAUAGCAUGUUAAGUGCUAAGGAUAUUCAAGGAAUACAGGACCUUGGUAUAGGCAGCCAAGGGGACGACCCAACAAAAACUGGCCAGUACGGUGUGGGGUUCAAUGCUGUGUACCAUCUAACGGAUGCACCCUCAUUCCUCACGAAGGGCCCCAAGGUUGAAGGAGGGGAAACAAUGUGUGUCAUGGACCCACACUGCCAAUUUUUAUCAGAUGCCACUGAUGAACGACCUGGAAUUCAGUUGAUGAAUCUAGAUGAACACAGAUAUUUAUAUCCAGAUGUUUUCAAGUGUUUCCACGAAGAUAAACUUUUGACAAGCAAAGGAACAGUUUUCAGAUUCCCACUUCGAGCAGACGAUAAAACGAGAAAGCAUUUAGCAGAUUCAAUGCCACCCGAGAAGCUUCGGAACCUGUUGAAGACAUUUGAGAGAGACCUGUUAGAAGCAUUGCUAUUUGUUAAUUCUGUUAAGAAGAUAUCCCUUUCAGACAUUUCCGCCGGUGAGUUCAAACCACUAUAUGAAGUUGAAAUUAUCAUCUCUAAAGCGAACGAGGAAAAACGGACAGCUUUUGGAAACCAUUUACGUGAUAUGAGUAAGAACUUCAGAGACACUCAGGAUCUAUUAAGCAUACAGAAUAAAUCCGUUUCUUAUAACAUCACAGUGAAAGACAGCAAUGGUGUUUCGAACAAAUGGCUUGUAGUGCAACAGGUAGGGUUUGGAGAUGGUGACAUUCCCGAAGAAAUAAAUGAUGCGUACACAAAUGAAAACCUCGGGCUGCUACCAAGAGGUGGUGUAGCUAUUCGUCUUAAACCACACACAUCAUCAGAACAAAGACACAAAGCAUUUUGUUUCCUGCCACUGCCAGUAGACACUGGUCUGCCAGUCCAUAUAAACGGCCAUUUCGCACUUGGUGGAGAGGCAAGAAGUAGUUUGUGGAAUAAAGAACGACGAACUUACAAGUGGGAGUGGAAUAAACUACUGCUGAGUCGGGUCAUUCCUUCUGCCUAUAUCGCAAGCAUGCAGAGAAUCAAACAAAUGCUUCUGUCAGACCUUGGAGAGUCUGGUCUUGUCACAAAGACACGGCAGCUUGAUGACGUGUUUCCUAUUUAUAAGGAUGCAAAAGAUGAUAACUGGAAAUUACUGGCAAAAGAAGUUCUGAACCAGAUUUACAAUGGUGGUCAUCAAUUGUUUUACCUAUAUAAAUCGCAUAAAAGCAGUGCCAGUGCCAAACUACCAUCAGUGUUCAUGCCUCUGAAAGAGCCGAAAGAAGAAUUUCCUGCAGUCUUCAACACCUUAAAAUAUCACAAAAAGAAAACCCAAGAAAGACUUACAUGGGAGGAUCAAAAACGUUUAGCGCAAGUGAUGAAAGACAUUGGACUGAGGCUGCUGGAUUCACCCAAACAAAGAUUUCAAAGUUUGAAGGAUGCUGAGGUACCUGUAUCUGAAAUAUCACCGAAAACUAUUAUGGGGUUCAUGAAAUCAUUCAGCAGGAGAGAUAUUGAACAUAGAUGUAACAUUUUGAUUCAGGAGGAUGGUACACAUUUGUCAAGUACAAGUCUACUAAAUCUGGUAAAGGUUUCAGCAUUACUGCAAUACUGCCGAGACAGUGAAGACUUUGCUUCGAGCAUUGUCGAUGUACCAUUGUGUUUAACUCAGGAUAGGAAACUACGAGUGUUCAAGGAGGGUAGUGAAAUAUUUUGCAAUGAAAUGUUUUCUAUUUUACCCGGUUCUGGAAGUCAAUUUCUCCAUCAACGUUUAGUCUCGCUUUGUAAUAUAGAGAAAUUACAGGAAAAUGUAUUUAAAUCUUUUGAUAUCCCUUCAUUUGCCAACUACCUAGCAGAAAGCUUGCCCCCGAAAAUUUUUAGAAAUCCAAAGGAAAUGGUUACUUUCCUGCCUGAUAACAAACGCAUUCCCAACUCAUCGUGGAUUUGCGAUGUGUGGAAGUUUUUUGCGCGACGGCUGAAGAAAUGUAAGGGAAAAGAUAAAGCAGAUGGAACGUUUCCGGACGACAGUGAAGCGGUUCAGACCAUUCCUCAGGAUCUGAUGGUUGUAGCUCAGUGGAAUGUG